AUGCCACACACGCACAGCACCGCCGCCUUGAGGCAGCGCUCGCAAAACUCCCUCUUACCAGCAUCAGCAGCAGCCGGAGACUCCGGCAUCCAAGAAAGAAAUCCAUCGUCCAGGACAUCGCCCAUCAGCUGCCGCCGCCCUAAACGAGAGUGUGUUAGGGCAAGCACCAGGCAAGACUGCAUUCGCCUCGUCCAAGCCUGCAAUGUCCUCCCGGAGGCGCGGGAGCUCCUCAAGCUGGCAGCAGCCACCACGGAGCUCUCGGCCGAUUCCUACGUGUGCAACCUUCUCGUCCAGAUGUUUGGGCGCUGUGGGAGUGCCGAGGAAGCGCAUCGGGUGUUUGCUCAGAUCCCACAUCCAGAUGCCUUCUCGUGGAAAUCACUCCAGGCAGUGUAUACCAAGCUUGGGGAUGUUGACAAGGCCAAGAGCGUCUUUGAUUCCAUGCCAGACCGUGACAUCUUUGCAUGGGCAGACCUCCUUGCCGCCUACACCCGCUCCGGCCGCUUCGAGCAAGCACAGGAAGUCUUCUGCAAGAUGCCCGAGCAUGAUCUUGCUGUGUGGAACACGAUGCUGUACGCAGUUGCAAAUACCAGGCAUCUGGAGCAAGCCCGCAGCUUCGUCAACCGGAUGCCUGCCCGCGACAUUGUGUCGUGGACGACACUGCUGUGCUGCCCGUCUCUGGGCCUGGAGGGCGCCAAGGCGAUCUUCGUCCAGGAGAUGCCAGAGCACAACACGGUGGCUUGCAAUGCAAUGCUUGUGCUGCUGGUGAGGCAUGGCGACUGGGACGAAGUGGACAGGGUGCUCGCUGCGAUGCCCGCCAAGAACAUGGUCACCUGGAAUGCAAUCCUCAGCUGCGCCAGAAGCGGGCAUGUUGACAGGGCCCGAGAGGUUUUUGAUCGCUUCAUGCCCUUUAGGGACCUUGUCUCGUGGAACUCAAUGCUUGCGGCAAGUGCCCGAAGUGGGCAUUUAGAUCAAGCGUCCAGCCUGUUUCAUUUGAUGCCCGAGAGGAACCUGGUGUCGUGGAACUCACUCCUGUCAGCUUACGCGGGAGUUCUGGACGUGGAGUCUGCGCAGGCCAUCGUGAGCGUCAUGCCGCAAAGGAGCCUCGUUUCUUGGAACGUCAUGCUGACAGCAUAUGCCAAGACCGGGCAUAUUUUCGAGGCGCGGGCGCUGUUUGGGCGCAUGGCUGAGCGCGACGUUGUAUCGUGGACGGCCAUGCUGACGGCGUACGCGGACCACGGGGAUGUCGAAGAGGCCCGGUGUUUGUACGAUGGGAUGCCUCUCCGGAACGUGGUUGCCUGUAAUGCCAUGCUCGCUGCAUAUGCCCAGAACGGGCAACUGGACGAGGCGAGGCGCGUGUUUGACUCCAUGCCCGAGCGAAGCCUUGCGUCGCUCAACGCCCUGGUCUCGGCCUAUGCUCGUAAUGGCUGCCUGCCGGAGGCACAGCGCGUGUUUGAUUGCAUGGAGGAGCGCGACAUUGUGUCGUGGAACGCACUGCUUGCGGGCUAUGCACAGCAUGGAACCUGCAGCGAGGCCGUCGGCUUUUUCCGGAGAAUGCCUCACCACAACCUCAAUUCGUGGAACAUAAUCCUCGCCGUACUUGCCCAGAACGGGCAUCUGCUGCAUGCGCGGCAGGUGUUUGAUGCGAUGCCGGAUCGCAGUGUGGAUUCCUACGUGGAGAUGAUGGCGGCGUACGGGCGUGCGGGGCAAUUUGGUUGCGUGAGUGCCGUGUUUGAUGCGAUGCCGUUCCAGACGGUGGUGACUUGGACUGCCUUCUUGUCGACGUAUGCUCAGAAUGGGCAUCUCGACGAAGCCACGGGGAUCUUCCACUCCAUGCCCAAGUGGAAUCUUGUGUCGUGGAACGCGAUGCUGGUUGCACAUACAAAGACUGGCGAGCUGGAGCAGUCGAUGCUCGUGCUCAAUGCGAUGCCGGAGCGGGACUUCAUGACGUGGAACGCCAUGACCAUCGGCCUCGGCAAGGCUGCCCGUUUGAAGCUCGCGCACACCCUGUUUGAUAGGAUGCCGGACCGACGGUCGUCACCCUGGAGCGCCAUCCUCGCGUCCUACACACACAACGGUCGCUCCAGAGAGGCAGACGCUCUCUUUCGGGAGAUGGUUCUCGAGGGUCUCAAACCCGACGACGCCGUGCUCACCUCCAUGCUCUUGGGCUGCAGCCACGGCGGCCAGUUCACAACCGGACUAUCGUACAUCCGUUCCAUGCUCAUGGAUCACGGCUUGAAGCCCGCCAAGCAGCACUAUGGCUGUCUUGUGGAUCUCCUGGGCAGGGCCGGCCACUUGGAGCAGGGCCAAGAUCUCAUCGCCAACAUGCCCUUUGAGCCGGAAGCUCGAGAUUGGAUUUGCUUGCUCGCAGCAAACCGAAACGCGCAGCAGGCCGAGGCCCGCAUUGCAAGAUCCGCGGCUCUGGAACUCGAUCCAAUGCAUAACGCGCCUUACGUACUGGCGGCGGCCUAA